AUGGCCCGCUCGUUACUGGCUGGCAUGUAUGGCACCAUGGCAGUGCCCGAGCUCACACAACAAAUGUUCGACGCCGACAACGUGCGACAAUCUCAAAGCCAGGAUAAGACGAUGAAGGAGGCACUAGAAGCCCUUAGGGGUCUGAUGCAAUCAAAUAGUGCACGGAGCACUGCUGCAGGUCGGUUCUUGAACACCCCCAAUGCCAUUCAACAUACUACACGGCCCGCAAUCCCUCAGGCUUCGACACGGUGUAUCGCCGUCUCUACGCGCGGGUCGCUUGCGGACAUUGGAUGGCGUUGGGUCGUGGUUGAGAAUCUCUAG